AUGAAGAAGCAAGUUCCAUCCUCUGAUUCAGAUGAUUUCCAGUCCGACCACGGCCGUAAAAAUCCAAAAAACAUGCGGCGGUACCAUAAAUCCAAAAUCCCCAAUUCCACUGAGAGGGAGUGGGAAUUGUUGAUCCCUCAUCCAAGGGAUAUAAAUGUGAAGGUGCAAAACAGUAACGACAACAGCAAAGAGAAAUGCACGAUAAGUGACAUCAAGAAAACGCUGACGAAGGAGCAAUUAGAAGCUUUUAGAAUGACAGAUGAGAUCUGGUUCGACUUCGGAGGGAAAUUCCUCCGAUUUGGUAUAGAGGAAUUUGCUGUCGUGUCUGGUUUAAAGUGCACUGGACUUAGUAAGAAACUGAACAUUCCAAAGAUUGCCAAUGGUCUGCACGACAAGUAUUUUGCUGGUCUUGAAUUAACUUGGAGCCACAUCAGGUGGCAGUUUAUGAAAAAAUUGUGGGCGAGCGAUGAAGAUGCUGUGAAAUUUGCUAAGUUGCAUUUCUUAGCAAAUUUCGUCAUGGGGUCUCAAGAUGCCCUUCGCAUAGACCGCUGUUUCGUUGACAUGAUUGACAGUCCAUAG